ACAUGCUGAAUUUUAUUUUUUUCAAUUUCUAAGUUGAACGUUAUUUGAAGAUGGUCUUGUGUUAUACUGUUGAACUCGUUGGAUGUUGGCUACAAUUAUGUAUAGAAAAGAAAUAUGCAAUUCCAUUUAAAAAGAUGUUUGCGAUCUUGAAAACACCAAAAAAUAUGAUAUUAUAAUCAUCAUGUACGUAAUCCGAAGCCGUUCUAAUUCUGCAAUACUUUGUAUUUUUUAAUUCAACAAAGAUAUUUAGGUGUCCGGUUUCUUUUGAUUCACCUUAUAUACAAGGUUGUGGCAUUUUUAAGAUUUCUCAUAAUCGAUAGGACUUUCUUCAUCAUAAUAUUAAUGCAAAAUAUACUGAAAUGAUUAUAAGAGUCUCUCUCUCUGUUUCUUUUUUCCUGUUUCCUAAAUAAUUGAUACAAUACUAAUGUUAAAAAAAAGUACAUCACUCCAGCAAAAUAUAAACUUUCAUCUUAAAAUUUCCGCGAUAAAUGGCAGACUCUUGCCUAGUUUUUUUUAUUUAUAUACAAUUGGUAAUUAGAUGACACUUUUUUAUUACUCAAAUGGUAAUAAUAGAUUAUAACGUAACUAUCCAGGAAUACAGUAUUCUUUGGUAAUAUAUGAUAGAAUAUGAUAGUAUGAUUGUACCGUCAUCGCUUUAAGUACCUACUCUCGCCCACUGGUGGUCAGGGUACUAAUUAAGAUGAAUGUGAUUACGUGAAAAGUGGACUUGCGAGCUUCUGUAUACUUCUGUAUUAUUUUUUAAUACUAUCUGGUUAACCUAUAUUAUUAAUUUACUAAUGUUAUACUUUUUAGCUAUUCGCAUGAAAUGUUUUUGUAUAUAUGUAUGUAUAUGAUAAUGUUUUACAUUAUUUGAUUGACUUCAAAUAUUUUCUUACUGAAAUAAAUGGUCAUAUAUUAUAUAUGCGCGUUAUUCGCUUAUCCGUUGUUGCGACUGGUCGGCCACUGACAAGUGAUAAAAACAGUGUCUGCAGAUUUGAUACCAUUCUUAAAUUAAAAAAAAAAAAACAAUAAACAAUAAUGAAACAAUAUCGAUAUUCGGUUGCUAUGUUACAUAAAACGAUAAGUUUUUAUUGAAUUAAUUGGUGGAACAGUAAAGAUAUUACAGAAAGAAAAGUGCAGAGGGCGUCUAUGGACGCCUUUCGUAUAAUCAAAGUGUUAAAAGAAAACAUUUUUUAAAACUCUAGUUUUAUAAAGUUAAUUUUAAUAUGUAAUGAUUAUAUAAUUAUUAGAAAUAAAUCAUUAUUAUGAUCGAAGUCACAGAAGAAAAUUUCACAGAAAUAUAUCCACAAUUAAAAAAUGAUUUAGAAAAUGCAGAUGUAAUUGCUAUUGAUACAGAAUUUACUGGCUUGGAAUGUGAUGAAAUUUCAAAAAUAAGCUUGUUUGAUACCAUAGAAGAACGAUACGAAAAUUUACGAAGUACCCUUGAACCAUUUAUAAUUAUUCAAUUUGGUAUUACUACGUUAAAAAGAAUUGAAGAUAAAAAUGAAUUUAUUCCUAAAUCUUACGAAUUUUAUCUACUACCUAAAUCUAUUUUUACGAAGAAUAAAAUAAUCUCAUGGCAAAUUUCAGUAAUAGAGUUCUUAUCUUACCACUCCUUUAAUUUUAAUAAAGUAGUUAAUCAUGGUAUUUCAUACGUUAACCAAAUUGAAGAAGCUAUACUAAAUGAACAGUGGAAAAAUAAUACAUUGUACAAAAAUGUUGAAGAAAGUAUGUCAUAUAAAGAAAAAGAUGAUGUUAAUCAUUUCAGUUCUAUGAUAGCUGAAUGGUUAAAACAUUUGAAUAACAAAGAAAUUUACACUAUUCCCGCAUUUUCUCAUAAAUUUCAGUAUUUUUUACAAAAAAUUUUAAGAGAACGUUUUCGAAAUAUUUGGACCAUAUGUAAUAAGCAAACGGUACAGGUAUUUAAAAUAUCAUCAGAUGUACGGGAAAUGUUAGAAAACGAAAAAGAACAAAGCUUAGAACAUAUUUUGUUGAAUUCGUAUAUAGGAUUUUCAAACGUAUUUAAGCUCUUGGUAGAAUUAAAGAAACCUAUUAUUGGACAUAAUAUCUUACUCGAUUUGAUGUUCAUGCACAAAUUAUUUUACAAACCUUUACCAAGAAGAUAUUAUGACUUCAAGACUGAAAUACAUAAUUUAUUUCCUAUAAUUUACGAUACUAAAUAUAUAAGUAACCAAGUAAAAGAAAAAUACGAAAUACAGGUUUUAAAUUCACUUGGUUCUCUUUAUUGUCAUUUUAGCAACUUGGCAAAAACAUUUCCACAUAUAGCAGAUUAUACAAACAAUACAUCAAAGAAUUUUCAUAAUGCAGGAUGGGAUUCGUAUUGUACUGGAUACAUAUUUUUAAAAAUGGUAUAUAUGUUUGCUAAUGAUAAAUAUCCAUUGUCAUCUAAUUACGUCAUAACCCACGAAGAAUUAAUGAGUUUAACACAAGAGUAUGCAAAUUGUAUAAACUUAUCAAAUGCUAAUGCACUUUAUUUGAAACUUGAUGGUAAAGAUCCAAAAUCGGGAAGACCACCGUGGCUGUUUGUAAAAACACGAGAAUCAACUAAUUUAGAUAUAAAUGAGAUUUCGAAAGAACUAUCGCAGUUUGGAACUUUUGAUAUAAAACCUUACAAUCGUGGACGUGCUUUGGUAGCUGUUGCAAAUCAUACGAGUGCGUAUGAUAUUUUAAAACAUUUUCAUAACAACAAAGAAUUAAGUGUCGUUCGUUACAAUCCAAUAAAACAUGCUCCAUCUAUGAAGUAUCUUCUUUUAGGUAGCGUGCUCGUAUCGAGUGGAAUGUUAGCUUGGAUAUUUCGUCGUUCUGUAUCCCCAAAACUUUCUGAUCGUGAUCUUUCCUGCCAAUAAUGAAAAUACAUGUGAUAUAAAGUUACAUUAAACAAGAAUGGAUUAGCAGUUGACAGUUCCAGCUAAUUAGAUUCACAUCCCACGACAAUUUUUCUAUCAAUUCAGCAGUGGCUGUUUACGGUUUGAAAUUGCAAAGAUGCUGCAGUUUUUGAAAUGAACAUACACACUAAAAAUAUAGUAUAUAUAUGUGUUAAAUAAAUUAUUAAAAUUACAGUAAAAAUAAAAAAGAAUAUUGAA